AUGGACGGACUGCUCGCCGUAAAGGAUGCCCACGACAUAGAGACCAGGCUGAACGAGGUGGAGAAGCUGCUGAAGACCGUCAUUGGCAUGCCCUGCAAAUAUUCUAGGUCAGAAGUUGUGCUCACCUUCUUCGAGAGAUCUCCUCUGGAUCAGGUGUUAAAAAAUGAUAAUGUACAUAAAAUUCAACCCAGCUUUCAAAGUCCAGUCAAAAUAUCAGAAAUAAUGAGGUCCAAUGGAUUUUGUUUGGCAAAUACAGAAACAAUAGUUAUCGACAACAGUAUACCCAAUGGGAAAGACCAACACCUGGGCAUGGAUCCGACUGAGCAUCUGUUUGAGAACGGCAGCGACUUCACCUCGGAGCUGGAUGAUGCUGACGACCCCGCCGCUUAUGUCACCAAUCUGUCCUAUUACCACCUGGUUCCCUUCGAGACGGACAUUUUGGACUGAGCCUCUCCGCCCCGCCCCCCCU